AUGGCGGAUAUUCUGCUGCGGAUGUUGGAAAGCGGAGAGCUAACGGACGAACAAUGCCUCUCUAUGUUGAGGGUAUUAAAUUCCGGUGGAUGCACAUCUGAGAAGAAAGUGAUUGAGGAAAAAGCUGUUAAACGAAUCGACAACAGGAAACCUCUGAAGCAGUUGUUGGAGAUGCGGAAUCUAUCUGAUGAGGAAUGCGGCAAUCUUUUACGUGAAAUGGAUGAAGAUCAAAGUGAAUCGGAAGAAGUAGACGAAAGGUACUUCCGCCAAAUGAUUGAUUCUCAGUUUUUCGAUAUCGAUCCUGACGUUCGUGUCCCACGUGCGAUCGGACUCUCACAUUUUUAUUUUGGGGAAGAACAAGAACCACCUCCCGAAAUGGACCUCUACGGCCAGUUGGCUGUUCAUUGGUUCAACUUUGAGAACAAUAGGAACUUGAAGUUCUUACGCAUACCAAAAUUGAAUACCCAACAUCCGUUUUCUGUAUCCUGCUAUAUUACUGUAGAGGUUAAAGAUGAGGAUGAAGAUGUUGAUGCUACUGUAGAGGUUGAAGAUGUUGAUGCUGCUGAGGAUGAAGAUGUUGAUGCUGCUGCUGAUUCGUCUCCGUCGUCUCUCACUCUGCAAACUAUGGUCACAAGAUAUUUUGGUGACGCUUUGGAAUCUAUGAUGGAAGUUGCGAUUGAAGGCUGCAGAUUCAAACCCACCACAACAGCGUAUAAGCCACGCUUCCAGCACUUCAUGUUUAAUAGGGUUGAUGCGUUUUACAGAGGAUGUAUGCCUACCUUUUUGUCGGGACCACCAGAAGAAGCAGCUGAUGAUCAGAGAUUCUACGAGGUUCAGGACGAGGACAUUCGUAAAAAUGAUUGGCUUCGUCUGUAUACCCAGUUUGCACUUUUCCCAGUUUGCGAGGCUGGAUCUCAUGCUUUCCCGCCAAAGGAGCUGGAGUUGAAGAAGAUACUUGUGCAAACCCGAGUAACAACAACUCAAUAUGAUGAUGAUGAUGAUGAUGAUGAUGAUGAUGUUGAUGAUGAGCCGCCGUCUCCUAUUCUCAAUUCCAUUGAUGCCAAGUCUAAGAAUGCCAUCUUCCACAUUAGCUUCAGGGCCAACUGUCGCGACUACACAUCCGUAGUAAGGAGAACUGUAGAUGGGGUUUCAGGACAUAUGCAACUCGAAGUCAACACCACGGAGACUGAUUGCUUCUCUUCUUCAACAGAUGAUCAAAGUUAG